UAUUUAUCAGUUACAGUAAAAAAUUGUAAUUGUACAAUUUUCAUACGACCGUCCAUCCUUGUUAUCGAAACUUGUAAAAUUCUCGUGUCACAAGUUGCAACGUUCUGGAGUUACAUUUUAGUGAGUUUACUGGCUGCGUGAGACAGCCCACCGUUUCAAAAAGCUCCGUUGCAUGAGAAACUGCUGUCAUAUGACGACCCAAGUUAUCCAAAGAGUACAGCGCCAAGCCCAAAGUCGUAGCGAUUGAAAAUAAUCUUACCUGCGGCCAGUAAACGCAUUCUGUAUCCUCGGUGGUCCCGCGGAAGAUUUCUCCUUUAUCAAUGAAACCUUCGUUCUAUUUAUUUCGAGCGGUAGAUCAUAGAUGUGAGGGGCACCCCAAAGGCAAAAGGAGGCGCGAGGGCUCGGCGGGUGGAAGGAGGAGGAAGAAAAGUCUGGGUUUGCGGUAGCCGGAGGAGCGAGAGGAGCGGAGUAAAGAGGGCGAAGAGAGCGAGCAGCGGAGGGGAGAGGGACUGGGAGUGCGCGCGCGAGUUCGAUGAAGGCAUGCGCGAGUUCCGCGAUGGCCAGACACGGCGAGCGAGUCAGUGCAUGGCGGCCUGAGCCCCUUAAAACACAUAUCGAAUAGUACUCGAUGGUCGAUCGUUGUAACACGCGAAUCUCAUUGCUGUGCGCCGCGUGCCGAUUGUCAAUCGGCUUUGACGUUUAUAAAUUCGUAUAUUAAAACACCGACAAGUGCUUGAACUCAUAACUUCUUUAUUUUUAAGUUACACGAUACUGUUUUUUCGCUAUCGUAUUUCGAAUUCGCGAGUGACAGUGAGACUCUGAAUUCUUGGACGUUCACGAGGGAUAAUCUACCUGAAACUCGCUGGUGUCGAGAGGUAACAGAACCUCGAGUCGUGAACGGGCGUGAACGAAUGAGCAGUAGCUUUCGAUUAACGACAUUGUCAAUGUGUGCGUGAAGUUUCUCGAAGAAGUGGAGGAACACGAAAGAGCGUAAAAAUGAAGAGAUUCGAGGAUGACGGGGCUGAUGACAGCGACAACGAAACGGAUCCCGAGCAGCUUCUUAACGAGUGGCUUGGUGAGCUCGACAGUCUCACAGUGGGUCUGGACAACGUGAGCUCAGCAACCCUCAGGCCUUUCAAUUCCGAUAUCAACACACCAAGGAUCGAUUCCUACAGGUUUUCUAUGGCGAAUCUCGAGGAUUCACAGGAUGUCGAUCUUGAUGCGAUACUUGGCGAAUUGUGCGCCCUCGAAAGGCGUUGCGACGGUGAUAUCGCCUCGACCGGACAAGCACCGGAUUCACAGAGAACAGGGAGGCCCAACAGUGCUAGAAUUAACGCUGGCGAUAGCACAGAUAUUGGGAAAAAUGACGGAGGGAUGCGAACGGACAGUCCGGACAAUGACAGUGCCUUUUCGGACACGGUGUCAAUGUUGUCCAGCGAGAGUUCAGCGAGUAGCAGUGGUUCGGGACACAAACCACCUCAGACCGCCAUGCACACGGUCCCUCAGCAGCAAUCUCACCAGCUCAUGGAUGCUGCCGGUAGAGCAAAAGCUGAAAAAAUUCGUCUCGCUCUGGAAAAAAUGCGCGAGGCUAGUGUCCAAAAACUCUUCAUCAAGGCUUUCACACUUGACGGCAGUGGUAAGAGUCUUCUCGUCGACGAAGGUAUGAGCGUUGCCCACGUAUGUCGGCUGCUAGCUGACAAAAAUCACGUCGCGAUGGAUCCCAAGUGGGCCGUUGUCGAGCAUCUACCCGAUCUAUUUAUGGAGAGGGUAUACGAGGACCACGAGCUCUUGGUUGAGAAUCUUCUUUUGUGGACGAGAGACUCGAAGAACAAAUUGCUUUUUGUCGAGAGACCGGACAAGACCCAGCUUUUCCUUACUCCUGAGAAAUACCUGCUCGGGUCAACGGACAGGACUAAUACCGAGUACGACGACCACUCGAGAAACAUACUUCUAGAAGAAUUCUUCUCGAGCAGCAACGUCGGUGUGCCUGAGGUUGAAGGACCCCUGUACCUAAAGUCAGACGGGAAAAAGGGUUGGAAAAAGUAUCACUUCAUACUGCGUGCCUCGGGGCUUUAUUACUGGCCAAAGGAGAAGGCACGAACAGCCCGAGAUCUCGUGUGUCUAGCAACGUUCGACGUUAACCAAGUAUAUCACGGGGUUGGUUGGAAGAAAAAAUACAAAGCACCGACGGACUGUUGUUUCGCGGUGAAGCAUCCGCGUCUGCAGCAGCCGAAAUCGACCAAGUAUAUAAAAUUUUUAUGUGCGGAGGAUAGCAAUUCGCUGGACAGAUGGAUGGCGGGAAUCAGGGUAGCAAAAUACGGUAGGCAAUUGAUGGAGAAUUAUCGUACUCUCGUCGACGAGUUAGCCCAAGAGGAUCUCGAUUUGUUGGCACACGCGAGAUCGUGCUCGGUGAGCUCGAUAGCCGUGCCACCAACUUCGCAAACGCAGUACAACACGACUAGCGAGAAUGCGAGACAGUACGCGGAAAUGAAUAGACACAAUGGUACGACAGAGAUGAACGGGAGGCAGUACGAGAGUCAACGACAGAGUUACAACAGUGCGGAGCAGCGACAGAGCUACAGCAACGACGGGAGACUCAGCAGAGCGAGUAGUUCGAGUUCCAGCGGCUGUUUGUCGGACGGUGCGCCUAGCAGCUGCGAAGUUGCCUUCGAAUGCGGUGAAUUUCCAACCGGCACGAUAAAGCGCAAGCCAUCGAUGAAUCCGAAGCUUCCGUUAACUUCGAUAACGAGACAGCUUAAAGAAGUCGGUGAAACGGUACGAGACGAGCCGGAUUCCUGUCCAAGUCCAACGAGCUCCGGAUCGGGUACACUCACCAGGCGACAUAGUCGCCGGAGAAGCGGCACGGACUCGGACAGCUCAGGCACCUUGAAGAGGCACCACAGGUCGGGAAAUGCCACACCCGUGAGUCCGGUACCACCGGGUACACCGGUCAGAGAAAGAGUCAGUCCGAUGGGCUACAGCAGAACGGAAAGCCAAGAACCCAAAACGCCAACGAGCCCAGUGCAGCCGUGCAUGAUGGACUCCAUCACCUCGUUGCCGCCACCACCCUCGCCACCUCGUGUCACCGAGGAAACAGAAUCCGAUGGCGAACCUCUGCCCCCACCUCCGCCCGAGAUGUUCAGAUCUAAUCUGUCCCUGGACUCCCUUCCACCACCACCCGCACCCGGUGAAUUGUCGAUGUGCAACACGACCGAUCUCAGUGGUUCCUGUCUCAGUUUAGCUUCGUUACCACCGCCGCCGAGUCCACUGGUCGGUGAAACCGGAACCAUCAGGCGGGCGAGGCCCAAACAAUCGACUCCCACGAAUUCCAUGUCACCCGAAUCCACCCCAACUCACACACCCGUCAAAACUAAUACGAACAAUCAGAUUUACGCGUGUUCCAAUGCAACGAACGGCUCACAGAGUCCAAACGUCGCACUACAAAACAAUCAAAUAUACACGAACAACAUGAGAAACUCCACGUCACCCCACAACUCGUAUCCAGGCUCGAACGCCAGUACGCCAACGUGCGCACCGAGCUCCCCCAACUUCGUGACGCCACCGCCGUUCGUACCACCGCCAGCUUACGGCACCCAACAGCAUCAACAGUUGCAAGCACAACAAUCCCAACAAAAUACUAAUCCUCAGCUAGUCCGACAAAAUUCGAAGAACGAACCGAUCUACGGCGGCCAAUCGAUACGCGCCAAUCCUAACAUGGAUACGGUCAGAAGAAGCGCACUGAAGCAGAACUCGGGUCAUUACGCGGCACCUCCCUACCUCGCCGAGUUGAAGGCAACCGCGAGUCCCCAGCCCCAGCGGAGGGUCACCAUCCAAGAACCACCAACUUCCCCGAAAUCGAAAACCGGCACAGGGAAAAAGAUUUCUUUCAACUUACCGCCCCAACAGGAACCCGGAAGUCCCGCUCUCCCACAGAGGAAACCGAUGCCACCCAGACGCUCGGACAGCACGAGGCUAACCUCGCCCAAAAAAUUAGCUGCUUCGGAGCAGGCUCCUCCAGGUGACUUUCUCAAGGACCUCCAACGAGUCAUGAGAAAAAAAUGGCAGGUUGCGCAAAAGUGCAAACUCGACUCGACCACGACGCCUCACGAAGUUUUGGGCUUCCGGGAUCCACCACCAGCCAUUGCCGAUUAUCGGGAAACCAACGUUUCCAACUGGGUACAAGAGCACUACGGCUCGGACAACCUUUACGAAAACGUUUACGCUACGGAUCCUAACGCACCUGUCGAAUACGCAACGAGCCCAACGCGCCAAAACUCCGUCAGAUUCGCCGAUGAAAAUUGUAGUAUGAACAUUGCUAAUGCUAUUGCGAGCAAACGGAGACCCCCGCCGCCGCCGCCAAAAAGAGCUGAAACUACACACUUGACGACGCGAGCGAUGCACUGACAAUAGCAGAUAAUUCAGCCUCCUACCGAAAGACGAUGGUACUGCUGUUUCUGUGGAUGGUGGAAGUAACGAAGGAUUCAAAAGGGAGAGGGGAAUAAAGGGGCAAUAGUGCUUCGAUUUGAUCUCGUCCGUCGGUUAAUGCGAAAAUAAACACCCGGAGUGAAAUUCGAUUCUGGGUUCAUUAAUGGCCAACCAAUUUUAGAGGACUCGGACAAGAACGUCGUAAAACUCUGAUACGAUUCUUCGCUUAUUUCUACUCCGGGUACGAACGUAUUGCUGAUUCUUUUUUUGCAUUUUUUAAAUUAUUAUUCCCGUCGAAACUUACGAACGGAAUAAGAACGAUUGGAAUUUCGCCCUUUUUUCAAAUUUCAGUUGAAAUGCACUUUUGAUCUAAAUGUAUCUGAUAAAGGAACCAAACGACAGAGAUAAGUCUGUCGUGUUUCUUGAGGAAUUUCAUAGCUGGACUAAAAGGAUCAUAAAACGCUACAAUUGAGAUAUUCGACGAUUUUUCAGUGACGGAAUCGUGAUUUUUAUUCACGUUUAUUCACCUUUUUUCGGCUUUUAUCACUCGUAACAUUUAUCGUGUUAUGGGUGUUGAGAUUUUGGUGCGUUUGAGUCGAAGCACCGCGACACCUUAUGGUAUCACUGUCCAUGUCUGUGUUUGUCGAUCGUACGAAAUAUAUAUUGCCGUAAAUUAAGGAAGCGUCAGCGGAUGGAAUACCAGGUCGAACGUGUAUUGAGCCUUGAAAAAUUCAUUACUCCUACCACAUGAUGUUGAAUGAAAAUCAUUACCGAUCAAUACAUGCAACAACGAGCUCCUCAUCACGCAAAUAAUCAACGAAAAACUCCAAGUGCAUUUUUCCAGUGGUUGCAGUAUUUUUUCGACUUCGAUGAAAAAAAAAGUAACCAUUUUAUCAAUCGCAGAUGGAAUCAAACGACGGUUAAGCAUUUCUUAGUGACGACAUCUAUUUGUCUACGAAGUAAAAUCAUUUUGUAAGCUUGAUAAUACAAACUUUGAGAAGUCGUUUUACAAGAUAAAAUUUAUAGCAUUAUAAACUUUGAUAUCGAGCAUUACGAGACUUUUUAAGAUCGUUGAAGGAUUCAAGCAUUAAGCUGCGUACGUGCUCAGAAGUGAAUUACUUCAAAAUCACUCAACCAACGAAGGAGCCAAUAAUCACUCGAGUCAUUCAGCUUCAUACAAAUCGAAAGAAAAUCUUUGUGCUCAACGCUGAAAAUUGGCAUGGGCCAUGGAUUGUGACGCCUUAUACAUUUGUAACGCACAAGAUUUUUAACACGACGCCAAUCCAUUACUUCGUUGUCACUAGAAUCGUUUAAUACGAACAAAUAAACGGAAGGCGAUUUUUCAAAUCUCAGUAUUUGACCUCACCGCUGAUAUCUUCGUUGUGAAUGAUACAGGUUUAUAUAUAUAUAUAUAUAUACACAAAUAUAUAUACACAUAGUAUAUUUAAAACGCAGAAAGGAAAGAGGGAUCUCUACUGAUGAAUGGGAAGAAUAAGAAUGCGACGAGGAGAAUGAGAUUCUCCGGUCGCGCGGAGAGUAGCAGAAAAACAAAAAUCUUAGAAACUUUAGCCUGUAAGAAUUACUGCCGCACAUAUUGAAGAUGUGAUACGUAAAUCGUAAGCCAGCUUAUGCGACGAUCGUUCGAAUCGAUAUUACCGUUUGUGGCUGAAUAUGCGAGUUGUCCGAAAAUAAAAAUAAAUAACAAAAAAAUUCAAUGAAGUAAAUUCGUAUUUAAGAAGCUCUACGAAUAAAAACGAGGUGAAACGUACGCACAAAAAGUAAAUUAGCAACGAGCGAUACAAAACUGCAGUCUGAUGCGCGUUUACGAGUGAAGUUGGAUAAUAUAAUCAUCCACCAAUUGUGAUGAUUGAACUUCAGUAACUGAGUAUAACGAUCGGUAACGAUUGAACAGUUAGGCCUGCUAAGUUUUGCAUAUUUUUCAACGCUUAAAACAAGUUUUGUAAUCAAGGUGCUUUUCUAUACGGACAUUUACACUGUGACGUUCACUUUACGAUACUGAAAAAUAAUUGAAUGCAUGUGUAUAUCGAUUUAUACGCAUAUAUAUAUAUAUGUUCACAACCCUGUCACCCUCCUAAAAUCCAGUAAUUAAUGUAAUCUCGUAUGUUACGUCGUACAUUUGAUGCCCGAUGAGGCCGGAGCGAUGCUAGAAUUAACUUACGAUAUACGUGGACCUCAAUGUACGUUGUAAUCUUCUUUGGGUUUUUUUGUUCGUUUUCGUUUUUUUUUUUGUUUCAUUUUCAUUACUUCUCUAACGCAUGUGAUUCGAAUUAUCGGAUCUGCAAUUACUUCAUCCGCUAUCAUCGAUAACUCAGAUCUCGUCAAUGCCAUUUUUUGAUAACGAUAUACAUGUAUGAAAAAAAAAUGUGAAAUAACAAAACUCUACAGAAAGGGAAACGUUGUUCUUAAGCAUUUCAAUAACGAAGCGGAUAAAAUUCUUCAAUUUCUCACGCACCAGCCCGAGGAGCGACAGUCUUUGUAUCACAAUUUUUAUCGACACGAUUCGCUUCAGCUCGUCAACGAAAAGUCCAAGGGCAUAUUGUACUUUUCUGGUUGUUUUUUUUUUUUUUUUUUUUUGGAACAAUGUAAUUUUGAGUUGUACAAGCUUCCUGAAAAUCAUUGUUUCGAAAAAAUGUCGUACGACAACAAAAAAAAUCAUUUAUGGCAACUAAAAAUUUCUGGCAUUUAUGGCCACUAGGCAGGGAUACGAAUUCUCGAUUUGUAAAACUAAAAGGAAAUUCACUAACGAAGACAUUCGGAAAUUAUGAAAUUCGAAUCCACACGGAUACACAUAAUAAAAAUGCGCGUUAAUACAAAUAUACCACACAACGUAUGUCGAAGAUGUUUUUGUAUGAAUAUUAUGUAGAAAAAGUCUUAAUCGCGUAAAUCAUUGUGACUAGAUAGUUUACAAUUUCAACUCAUCAUGUCUACCCUGUUGAUCUGCAAUAUUGUUAAUAUUGGUCACAUUAUCGAGUAAGAUCGAGGUUGACAGAUGCAUUUUCAUUAUUAUAAAAAAUCACUGCGAGUUCAUGGAUUAUCAGUUGCGCGAAUGUCAAUGUAUUUAAGGCGAUCGAUUAUUCGGAUCGGGGAUUGAAUUUUUCAAAGUGAGCUGUUAUUGGCCGUAAGUGAAUGAAGGAAAAGAAAUUUGUCGAAAUUCGAAAAACGAAAUUUAGGUAAUUAAUGAGUUCACGUCCGCUCUUUGCCAUUGAGCAGACGAUUAGUGCAAUUGGCAAAAUAAUCGAGUUGAUCGAAAUUCUAUUUGAUCGAUAGUAAACGACAUAUUUUUAUUAUCAUUUACGUUCAAGAGAGAGAAAGAGAGAGAGAGAGAGAGAGAGCGAUUAAAAUUGAGAUGAAAUCCUUACUGUCCUAAGUUGUACGUAUGAUUAUGUAAAUAUUGUAACGAAUGGUACUACGAAGAAAGGAACAAACAUUACUAUUGAAUAAUAUUGCGAUGGAUUAAUAUAAACACACUAUUUAUAAAUAAUAGCGAAGAAUUGAUUUUCAUUGAAAUUAUAUAUGAUUUCCGUUGAGUACGAACGACGAUCACACUAACGCAGUGAUCCUUUUUAUAUUAAAAUUUCAACAAAUACUUUCGAUCGACUAAAUUAUGAGUAAAAAAAAAAUAAAUGAAAAUUGAAAAGAAAUUUAAAGUGCUUUCAUUUGUAUCCCGAGCGAAUCAAAUGUUUUUUUUUUUUUUUUUAAAUAUAUUUUUCAUCCUCUAAUUCAGCUUGUAUACAAUUUCUCUAAAAUGAAUAUUCACGGAUAAACACUUUGACUGGGCAUAGAUUCUCACGAGUUUAUUCAGCUCACCGAAUCCCGUUGAAUUUAGGGAAUCGUGACAAUAAUUAUCUUUUUUUUCACGUGGCUCGUCCACGACGAUCAAUAUCGGACAAAAUUCAAAAGCGUUCAGUGUCAUUCGAAGGAAAUAAAGCUACACGCGCAAUAGUUGAAUUACUAUUGGGUACGUCAUAUUUCAUGUUUUUAUGUAAAUAAAUUUUUCGUAUAUUUCAA